AUGGAUGUCAAGGCGUAUCUCCACCGGAUUGGUAUUACAGCUACCCCGGCACCCUCUCUUGUUGCCUUACGCAAGUUACACCGCCAGCACUUACUAUCCAUUCCUUUUGAAAACCUCAGUUUCCACAGUGAUGAGAACAUUGCUCUGGACCAAGAUUUUCUGUAUGAUAAAAUUGUGGUAAAAAGACGAGGUGGUUGCUGUUUUGAAAACAAUGGCCUUCUCUUGUGGUUGCUCCAAGUAUUGGGAUACAAGGUAUUUGUGCUGUCUGCCAGAGUACGAGACAGGACCACUGGUUUCUUUGGUCCUCCCACCCACAUGGUGCUGACAGUAGAACUUGAGGGUAGGUGGUGGCUUUGUGAUGUAGGAUUCGGAGAAGGAAUUAGGGAGCCAUUACCCUUAGUUGCUGGGUGGGAAGAGGAGCAGGAAUGUGGCAAAUUUAGGCUACGAGAAAAUCAAGAGGAAUGGGUUUUGGAGGAAAAUGAGGAUGGCACUUGGACCGGCCUUUAUAAAUUCACACUGGAAGAGCGAUGCUUGGAGGAUUUUAAAUGGUCUUCUGAAUAUCAUCAGUCAUCCCAAAGUUCUAUAAUUUUCUGCAAGUCUUUCUGCACUCUCCAACUCUCUCGAGGAAGACUGACCUAUGUCGGGCACAAGUUGAUCAGCACAGAGUUCACUGCAGAAGGGGGGAAGGUGAAAACCACAAGGCAUCUCAAGGAUGACGAAAUCCUCAAUGUGCUCAGAGAUCAGUUUGGGAUUGUUCUAAGUCGAAUGUUUUUCCCAAAGGAUGAGAAGAUGUUACCCUUAGCCUAUGCUUAAUGUUCCGUAUCUUUAUUUAAAAAAAAAUGUAUUUCACACCAACUGGAUAGUUUGUCCAUGGCAAGUGUGCAAGGAGGACUGCACUAUUGGCAAUAUUUACUAACUCAAAAAUUGAGGAGAAUGCAGGACUUGGAGAAUAUCUAGAGAUUGAGAUUUUUUACUCUUUAAUUUUCUGCUCAGCUCUCUACAAUUCCCAGUUUAAUGAUUCACCCUGAUAGUUCCAUAAUAUUGUUUUUAUCAUGCUUAAUGACAUGCUCAUAUAAAAUCUUGG